AUGGAUCAUUGGAAAUUCAUAACGGUCAUGGUCACCGUUUUCACGUUCACGGUGGAAAUACGACCGAUGGACUCGUUUCUGACGGCGUACUUGACCGGACCGUAUGUCAACGUGACGCUAAACGAGGUUUCCAACGUAUUGACGCCGAUCAGGAUAUACUUCGGAGUGAUCGGAUCGUUCCUGGUGUUCCUGUCGUCCGACUACUUGCGAUACAAGCCGGUGAUGAUAAUCAACGGGAUGCUGGGUAUGGUGGCAUACAUCAAUCUGGUCAAUUCGCCCACUACGUUUCGAAUAAUGAUUACCGAAGUCUGCUUGUCGCUGUUCUCGUGCAUCGAGAUGGCGUAUUAUGGUUACCUGUACUCCAAAAUCGAGGACAAAGAACACUAUCAGAUAGCCACGGGAUUCGCAAAAUCGGGAAUGCUGAGCGGCACGUGCGUGGGCAGUCUCCUGGGUCAACUGGUGGUCUACUUCAACGAUUGCAAUUACUCUGUUCUGCCUUACUACAGCCUUGCCUUCAUGACAUUUGCGACCACGUGGGCGUUCUUCUUGCCGUCCGUCGGAAACAGCAAAACUGUCAUUCAUAUGAGAGACGUCAGCAACGAUGGUUUCUUAAAUUCGGCCAUCCGAGACCCAGGCAUACCCAAGUACUCAUCUACUGAAAAAGCCAACAAGCAAAACAUCUUGCCGUCUGAGAUUUUGUUCAACCACUUCAGCGACUUCAGACAUUCGUACGCAGACCGUACAGUCUUGAUGUGGUCCAUUUGGUAUGUCAUAGCCAUGGCCGCAUUCACACAAACGAAUUUGUACAUAAAUAUUUUGUACACUUACAUUGCAGACGAAUCAGGCGAUAAACACAUGUUGCUGAAUGGCUUGGUCGAUUCUCUGGCCACCAUGUGCGCCGCGAUUAGUACUUAUCAGAUCGGCAAGGUGAACGUGAACUGGAAUGAACACGGAUACUCGUUCUUGGCUUUCAUUUCUCUGGUGAUCGCAUUGCUCCUGUCCCUAGGCUACUGUUCGAAAAACAUCCUUGUCGUGUACAUGAUGUACAUCUGCCUCGACACAAUAGUGCAAUCCAUCUUCGUCAUAGCCAUGUCACAAAUCGGCAAACAACUAAAACACGAUUUCUAUACCUCAGUACUGGGAUUCAAUGCUUUCUUGGGCAUCGUUUUAUCCACUUGCUUGUCGUCACUAAUGAUACGCAUUGGAACGUCCCUGCCAGUCCGGUUUUUGGUGUACAGCAGUACGUUCGUAAUUCUCGGAGUCGUGUACGGGUGCGCCGCCAUCAUUUUCGCCACGAAGAAUAAAUCUGCGAGGAGACGUUUCAGUCGGCUGCCUUGA